AUGGCAUUCUGUGCUGCAUCAGGAUCGAUAAGUCAAGAGGGUGUGAUGCCUAGAAAUCUCAUCUCAGAGUCUCCUGAAAUGGCAUCCGAAAUCUCUCCAAAGCACGCACUUGGGAGCAUGGAAAGGGGUGGCGGCGUGGAAAAUCGUGGCAGCCAAGCUAGGUGCAGAAAUCUUGCCUUGGAUGAUGAGAGUCUGAAGUACUUGACUCAUGAAGAGCAGGAUGUUCUCAUGUUCUUUGAGGAAACCAUAGAUGCCUUAGAAGAUGACUUGGAGGAGCCGGUCCUACGUGACAGUGGCAUCCACUGCCAGUCCCCAAGGUCAACGGACGAAAAUGUGUCCAGUCAUUCAGAGACUGAAGAUAUCAUUGACUUAGUACAGUCAACACCUGAGAGUAGCGACCACGAAGGCCCUCCUAGCAGAGAUGCAGAACCAGUGUUGGAUGCUACCUGGAGAACAGAGAGCCCUAAGCCAGCUGUACCUGCUGACCUUCCCCCACAACCCCCUGUACCACCACCACCACCACCGAUGUCUGAGACUCUUCCGCUUCCUCCUCCUCCACCACCUCCUCCAGUGCAACAUCCAAAAUUGCUUCGCUCUGUCCCCACUCCGCUCAUCAUGGCCCAGAAGAUGUCUGAGCAGCAGAUGGAGAGCAGGGCGCGCUUCCCCAAUGCCCUCAAGGAAGGGAGUGCAGACAAGAAGAAAACCCUAGUAGCCAAUGGUGAUUAUUUUGUGGCUCCCAAGCACCCUCCUGCACCUGCACCCAAACUGCACCGGUUCCCGAGCAACAUCAACAUAACAAAUGUCAGUGGCAAAGAAUUCAAUGAGACGAUUUCAAAAGCAGCAGUUAACGUCCAGGAGCGGAGAGCUCAGGUGCUGGCCAACAUAAAUGGAGGAGCUUUUCUGGCAGCUGAACUGGAGGAGAAGCUGCAGAAAAAUGACUUCUUGUCACGUAAUAGAAGUUCUUCCUUAAGGGAUCUCUCCUCUGAGCAAACACGAUAUGAGGCCCUGACAAAACUUGGCCUAGUUAAAGGAAAGCCAGCUCAGGACCAAGUGGACCAUGCCCCAAGCACUCAGCAGCUUGAUGUGCAGCCCAAACAGGCAGACGCUGUUCCCAAUGGAUAUCAAAACAUCCACGAUAUUUUAAAAAGUGAGCCCAGCCCUUUCCUUCCUAUGGGCAAAACUGUAACAAUCAAACCAGAGGUAGCUCUUGCUGCUGACAAGGCCAGCAGCACGCAGCAGAACACAGCAAAAAGUUUUAAUGAUUAUAAACAACCUAGUCUAAACCUGGAUAUGAGGAGGAGAUCAGGUUCGCUGCCUAGACCUUCAGGAUUUCGAUCCCAAGGGGUAACGGUAAAGUUUUCUGGCCGUGGCUCAACAGAAGAAGCUAGGAGAGAGGCACUUCGGAAACUGGGACUACUGAAAGAGACUGCAUAA